GAGAAGCCUUUCUCUUGUGGGUCUUGUGGAAGAAGUUUCUCUCAAAAAGGUUAUUUAAAUGUUCAUAUGAAAAUUCACACAGGUGAGAGGCCUUUCUCUUGUGGGUCUUGUGGAAAACGUUUCUCUCAAAAAGGUUAUUUAAAUGUUCACAUGAGAAUUCACACGGGUGAAAGGCCUUUCUCUUGUGGGACUUGUGGAAAAAGUUUCACACAAAAACAACAUUUAUCUUAUCACCUGAAAAUUCACACAGGUGAGAAGCCUUUCGCUUGUGGGAUCUGUGGAAAGAGUUACAGUGAAAAACAUACUUUAACUCAUCACAUGAGAAUUCACACAGGUGAGAAGCCUUUCACUUGUGGUGUCUGUGGAAAGAGUUACAGUGAAAAACGUACUUUAACUCAUCACAUGAGAAUUCACACAGGUGAGAAGCCUUUCUCUUGUGGGUCGUGUGGAAAACGUUUCUCUCAAAAAGGUGAUUUAAAUGUUCACAUGAGAAUUCACACGGGUGAGAAGCCUUUCUCUUGUGGGUCUUGUGGAAAAAGUUUCACUCAAAAAGAACAUUUAUCUUAUCACCUGAGAAUUCACACAGGUGACAAACCUUUCUCUUGUGGGACUUGUGGAAAAAGUUUCACCCUGAAAACAACUUUAAAUGAUCAUAUGACAAUUCACACAGGUGAGAAGCCAUUCUCAUGUUGGAGCUGUGGAAAAAGUUACAGUAACAGAAGUAAUUUAUCUCGUCACAUGGAGACUCACUCUGAUGAGAAGCUAUAGGUCCAAAACAGAUCCGAUCCAAUUUGGCAUCUAAUCUUAUGGAAAAUCUGGUCAGAUGAUGUAAACAGCAAGUUGAACAUAUUAAAGUCAACAGAUUCUUGCAGGCUGCUAGUGAUUCACUGUGAUUGUGUCUUUCACUGUCUGACCAA